CAUAAGAUAUCUGCAUGUGCGUCAAAAAUAAUGGAGUAAAAAGGGAUAGUUAUUCGCGAGGUAGGAGUUAGACGGCGAUAAGGAUCAUGGUGAGGGCGAACUAUUUGGAGGAAAGACUUGGUGGCUUGUCAACCGGGACAGAGCAUGUAAAACUGGGGCGAUUAAAAGGAAAGAAAUUAGAACACUGGCUGGACAAAUAGACCGGGCUUCCUCAGGGGCUCAGUUCCCAGAAAAGACGCUAUCUUCCAGUGCUGUGAUGAGCUCCUGAAGUGAAGUGUUGGGUUGUGCAUCAUAAUAACUGACAAUCGGCGCCCGCAUAUGUAAUUGGGACGGGAUCAUCAUUUCCCCGGGAUCCGGUGGCUCUUUUUCGACUUUUGAAAAAUAUCUUUCACAUCGUCGCGCAUCUGGGCUUCCAUUUUCCUAUUUUUCAAGUCCCAGAGACUUGGCCCUUAUCUAGGGCUGGAAAGAUAACAUGUGUGGAAUCUACUGUUCGUUGAGUGCGAACAGGGCUCUGCGUCCGAGAAAUCAAACUACCUCCUACCUACGAGAACGAGGGCCGGAUAGCCAGGAGGUCUGCCACCAUCUGCUUCAAAAUGCAAAACCCAACGUGUUUAGUGACUUGGGCAGUCACCAAAUUUACCUCACCUUUUACUCAACUGUCUUGUCUAUGAGAGGAAACCACCUUGUGAAACAGCCCCUGUCGCACCCUGCCACAGAAUCUUACUUCUGUUGGAAUGGAGAUGCCUGGAAGAUAGCAGGCGAACCUAUCAGUGGGAGAAACGACACAGAGCUGGUUUUCGAUUAUCUCAUGCAAGCUACAGCACGGAACUUCCAUGGAGGGGAUUUCCAGCCACCUAAGAACCCUGUCCAAAGCUUUGCAAAAGCUAUCAGCACUAUCUCUGGGGCCUUUGCAUUUGUCUUUUACGACUCCAUCAAUGCCAAGUUGUACUUCGGAAGAGACUGCCUUGGAAGGCGAUCUUUGCUCUGGGGACUUGACGAGGAUGGGAAUCUCAAAAUUUGUAGCCUUUGUGACGGAGAAUCUGCCCCUACUCACUUUCAAGAAGUUGAGGCGGACGGUAUCUACAUGAUUAGCCUUGAGCCUGGUGUCGAAACUGCUCUUGAACAAAUUGCCGAGACUCCAGAUCCGGAAUCAGAUGCGGAAGGCAAUAGUCCCCGGUUUGAUAUCAAGAAUAUAAAGAAAAUUCCCUGGAGCCAUGAGCCUCUACCGACACCUCACAUGAUAAGUCCCAUUCCUCCUAUGAAUAGGGAAGUGCCUGAGGGAACACCUCCACCACUAACCACUACCUCGUCUUUUGUCAGAGAGUUGGAGAAAAAGCUUCGCCUGUCUCUCGCAAUGAGGAUCCAGAACGUGCGCCAGCCACCUGGUGCAGAGAGCAGCGAUGCGAAAGUUGCUGUGCUCUUUUCCGGAGGUCUUGAUUGCACUCUGCUUGCAAGAAUUGCUCAUGACCUUUUACCAGAGGAUGAAACCAUCGAUCUCCUCAAUGUCGCAUUUGAAAACCCGCGAGUAGUAGCAGCUGCCGCCAAAGAACUAGGGGAACCUACUUCUCCGUAUGAAAACUGCCCGGACCGUAUCACUGGACGGGCAGCAUUUGCAGAACUUCAACGGAUCUGUCCAAACCGUAACUGGAGAUUCGUGGCAAUUGAUAUCCCGUACGCUACUACAGUCACACACCGCGAUACUGUUAAACAUCUAAUGCGGCCGCAUAAUACGGAAAUGGACUUAUCCAUUGCAUGCGCCUUAUAUUUUGCUGCUCGCGGGGAAGGCACAGCACUAGACAGCCAGCAACUCAACGCCCAGCCAGUCCCGUACAGAGCUUCAGCUCGAGUUCUACUGUCAGGGCUUGGAGCAGAUGAGCUCUUCGCGGGAUACUCAAGACAUGGGAUUGCAUUUGCACGAGGCGGAUUUACAGGCCUCAUCGACGAGAUUGACCUCGAUGUCAGCCGUCUCGGGAAGCGAAACCUAGGCCGUGACAAUCGAGUGAUUGCGCACUGGGGCCGUGAGGCACGGUUCCCCUAUCUAGAUGAAGAUUUUGUGGCUUGGGUGCUGAAGGCACCUGUUUGGGAGAAGUGUGGCUUCGGGGUCCCUGAGUCUCUAGGGGAAGUUAGCAUUAGCGCUGAAAAGAAAGCGCUUCGGCUCUUGGCUUUAAAUUUGGGGAUGACGUCCGUUGCCCAUGAGAAGAAACGAGCUAUUCAGUUUGGUUCUAGAACGGCAAAGAUGGAAAAGGGCAAAUGCAAGGGAACAGAUGCGUUGAGCUGAGCUCAGUCUCACCCUGCCUCCACUGUCUUCCUUCCC